GGGCAAGUUGGUGAGUUGACUAAGUAGAAAGUGAAGCCAAUUGGCAAUUGGCCUAUUGUAAUGUGUCUUCACUCGGAGGAUCCCCUCCAUAAAUACUCGACUCCUAUUGUCUCUAUUCUUGCCUGCAUUCAUUCAUCAACUCCUCUUACAAGUUACAACACACACUCUCCCCAUUUAUGCAAUACGACUAUUUCACUUCUUCUUCUAUUCAAAUUUCUUUCUUUUUAUUACUUUGAAUUUUGUAUAAGACCAUCCUAACACAUUCUCCACUUCCCCAUCUCAUAUAAAUAUACAUGUCACAAGCCAGUUUUUCUUUUUAUUGAAAAUUAAUAAUUUUCUUGUAAAUAAAGCCCAUUUCUUUAAAUAAUCACUUCAUUUUCCUUUCCAUUUUUGGUUAUUUCGCACUAAUUCCUGAAUUUUAUUUUAGAUUUAAUUUCAGAAAUAGAAAAAAAAAAUGAAAAUGUCACUGUCUAUAUCCAAACAAAUACGACCUUUGUUGCACAUUCCAAGCACUACCACGCUCCGUCAUGGCCCGCUAAAGGACAAAGUGGUAGUGGUGAUGGGCGCCACCGGUACCGGAAAAUCCCGCCUCUCCGUCGACCUCGCCACCCGUUUCUCGGCGGAGAUAAUUAAUUCCGAUAAAAUGCAGGUCUACCAUGGCCUCGACAUUGUCACCAACAAAAUCACCGACGAAGAGCGCUCCGGUGUGCCCCACCAUCUCCUCGGCGUCGUUGAUCCUGAAUCCGACUUCUCCGCCGCAAAUUUCCGCACCAUGGCUUCUAUUACCAUGAAAUCGAUACUUAGCCGCGGGCAGCUUCCAAUGAUCGUUGGGGGUUCGAAUUCGUUCAUCGAGGCACUUGUGGACAUGAAUUUUCGAUCCAAGUACGAGUGCUGUUUCCUCUGGGUGGACGUGGCAAUGCCUGUACUUGAUUCCUUCGUAUCUGAUCGGGUCGACAAGAUGGUGGAGAGGGGAAUGGUGGAUGAAGUUCGGGAGUUUUACAAGCCAAAUGCCGACUAUUCGAGGGGGAUUCGGAGAGCGAUCGGAGUCCCCGAGUUCGACAAUUUUUUCCGAGUCGAAUCAUUUUGCGACGAGGAAACUCGGGCAAGGAUUCUGACGGACGCGAUAGAAUCAGUAAAGAUGAACACCAGCAUGCUGGCGCGCAUCCAACUGGAGAAAAUUCACCGGCUGAGGAAAAUCAAAGGAUGGAGAGUGCACCGCCUUGAUGCGACUGAUGUGUUCAUGAAACGAGGAGGAAAAGCGGAGGCGGCGUGGGAGAAGUUGGUAUCGGGGCCUGGCGCGGCCGUAGUGAGCAGAUUUUUGUAUGAUUCGGAGACGGUGAUUCGUGGCGGCGUGACGGCGAUGAGGGGUACUGUUGCUCCUCCGCUGCUGGCGACAGCAUCUCAUUAGGCAGCACGGUGUUGGAAGGAAAGUUCAGUAUGAUUGUCUGUGCUCUCAGUUUUGGGAAUAUUUCCAAUUUUGUCCCGGCCUUCUUCAUAGUACCACUUAUGAAAUAACGGAAUUACCCUUAUGGAUGACCAUUUGAUUAGAAAUAUGGUUGUUUCAUAUGCGCGUGUAUUAGAUAAACUCCUAAAUAAGUAUAUAUUUUUAAGAGUAAUAAUGAAGCUUAAAUUAUGU